GAGCUUGCCCUUGGAGACAGAGGUUCAAAGCCUUCUAUUGCGGCUUUUGUGUGCUAGUGAGUGAAUGGUGCUUUCUGUUUGCAUCAAGUGCCAGUAGCCGGAAUUGAUUUGCCUAAGUGCUAGCAGCGGCUACCAGGACUGGAGGACCACCCCAGGAUUGCAGAAAAUGUUUCGUGGCAGCAUACCCUUACUUGGACUUGUUUUCAAAGCGGUAGGGAUACUUCAAAAACUACCCUGUCAGCCUCGACGCGGAUCCCGAUAUCCAGUGGUGGAAGCAACGGUUUGAGAAAACGCCAAAGGAUAAUGUAACUAUAAGAAAGUUUUGAAACUUGAAAGCUGAAAGCACUUGUUGCGUACUAAUGGGCAGUUGUUACUAUAGGUAGUAGCCACCGGAAGGCGGAUGGAGCUGCCAGUUUUUCCGAUGAUUUGCAACGGUACGGAGGGUGCGAUAGAGGUGUAUAUUGUCCCUCCAGUGGACUAGUGAGUGUCCAUGAAGUUCGCUGAUUUCAGUGGCCGUGGGCGGUUGAAAAAAAAGGUGGUUGACUUCCGCAAGAGGGGGAGAGGGGGAAUGGGAAAGGUGGAGGUGUCGGCGAUAAGCUUCUGAGAGGGUGAGUUCGGCCCAAUGAGGACGCGGUCGGCCUCGACGGAGAGUGUCUCCCCGCAAAGUGCGGUAGGUAUGGGAAGGCAUGAAGGAAGCUAGGUAUUCUAGGCUGUAUUCAUGGCGUAGGAGAUGCCCUAAGAGGUGAGGGCUUGCCCUUUGAACGGGGAGCCAUCAAGCGUGUUAAACACAUGCAUCAACGUUUGGAGAGCCACUCUUUCAAACCGCUCCGCUGCCGUGAAAUCUCUUCCGACUCGCAGGGGUCUAUCCACGUUACCUUGAGGAGUACGUUGGUGCGAGUAGUCGUGUUUCCGUUUCCAAGUUUGAAACAACUGCUUGCAUGAAGAUUCCGUGGGCAACACUAUGCGUAGCAAAGAAGAAUCGUCAUUGUACAAAUGCUGUGUCACUGACUGCACAUCAUCAUGAUGGCGCAAACUAGCCUGUGUAAGAAAAUAGUUGAGGUAUGUUGAGGUUAUACUAUGUUAUGCUCAAUGUUUGCCCAGGGGCGAAAAUGAGGAAGGGAAACCAAGAUGAGGGUUCGUCCGUCGAACUUGCCCCAUUUCAGGCAACGACGCUGUAAAUUGAGCUAGCUGCAGCCCGGUAACCACACUGGGAGCCGGUGUUGUGGAAACCUCUUCCAUACGGCGGUGCAACGUCUCGAGUGCAGGGGUUGGACCUCAAAAGGACCAUGCGGGGUACCUGCCGGGGGCUCCUGAAUGCCUUCAGUCGGGUGUAGAGCACGGGCUUCUUUAGGUCAAAAAGGGAUUGUUUUUCAGGAGAGCAUUCCGGGCAGCGGGAUCCAUCUGGCUCUUCUGUUUUGAUCUCCGGCAGUCUAGUGUCAUGUUGCUGGUCUGGGAGGGCUAUACUAGAUCGGGGGAGCCAAACUUCGUUACCAUCAGGUAGGGUAACCUUGAUCUGGUCCUCGGGGCUGGAGCCCAUCGCGGUGGACCUCUCUGGCGGACUAGUGGGUAGUUGGGAACUAUUGGGCCUAUUGGGUAGUGUUUGGUCUUCUUCUGGAUUCGCUUCUGGCUUCGCUUCUGUGGGAGGCGAGUCGGCUGUCGACAUCAGCAAUGCAGAGCAACAGCAAAAGAAAAGAGGAAGGAAGAAGGAAGAAAUGGAGGUGAAUCAAGGUGAAAAUAAGUGCGAUAAACAAGUGCCACCUGGAAUGUGGAGAAAUCUCACUAAACAAUGUCCGACCUUGCAGGCUUGAGCCUCUCACUUGGACUGCCUUUGAUAAACUGUACACCACGCCACUGCUGUUCACAAUUUGACGCUCACUGUCCUAGGAUUGACCGCUGUGCUGUCAGCGCUGCUUGGUGCAGCUUGCUGGCCUGGGAGCAAUUGCUUGUGUUCACAACAUCUUUUGGGGCAAUCUUGUGUUUGCUGCUGGACGCCCGCAACUCCCUCCGCCUGAAGCUGGCUGCACUUGUGGGGAAACACGCCUGGGCGCCAAAGCAGCCGCUACUGGCAGCGUUCCUGAAAUAUGCGAUUUUGCAACACGCACCUCCCGGUCAUUGGGGAUGGCCCGGGCGAGUGGCCCUCGCUGCUCUCCGUGGGAUGCUGGUCCUCUCCGUUGCACCCAUGUGCGUGACUUUUGCGCUUGGUGGUGCUCUUUCGGUGGUUCACUUCUCUGCCAAGUGCAACGAGGUGCGCGCUGUGGAGUUCGAGAGGGCUGGGCAGAAUCGAUGGUUUCUUCGGCUGCUGCAGGUAUGCAGCGCCGUGACCGGCUUAUCUAGCUUCAUCCUUUUCCUGCGGCUGCGCUUGGACCAGCGUGAGACCGUGAAGUGAGUUGCGCAUGGCACGUUGAGAUGCAUGAGGCGACUACCGUUUUGAAGGGCUCGUACGCUGCCGCUUCAGGGACAGCAUUCAUCAU